UCGAGCCUCCGCACUUCCUGGCCCGUUUUUUUUUUUUAUCAUAGAUAUCUGCUGUCUCUCUGAGCCGCUUGCAUGUUAUGCUGAAACCAAGCCAGACUGGAUGAUGCCAAUCUGAUUGGAAAGGACAGAAAAGAGAGCAAGUGGGGGGAACGCCAGGAUGAAGCUAGAGCUUGCUCUGCUUGUUUUGAGGCUCCUGCUCUGUGAGGUUGACACCGUGAUGGAGGAUAUCCCAAUUGAGGUGGUGAUCUCUAAGACCAAAGUGAUUCUCACCUGCCUCACUGAAAACAAGAUGGAAAAAUGGGAAAAAGACGGACAGGUAGUAGCUAACAACAAGAUCUAUCAGAUUGAGAACUACGAGAGUUCCAAGCAUGACGGGGACUAUACAUGCAAGUCCAAGAAUGGCCUCGGCAAACUUCACCUUAAGGCAAAAGUCUGCGAGAACUGUGAGGAGCUGGAUGUCUUGACAGUGGCUGGGGUCAUUAUCGCAGAUCUCCUCAUCACCCUCGGGGUGCUGAUGCUGGUCUAUUACUUCAGCAAGAACUGGAAGGGGCGAGUCGGUGGCAGUGCUGGAGCUCAUCAGAGAGGCCAGAAGAUUGUGCGCCCCCCGCCUGUGCCAAACCCGGACUAUGAGCCCAUCAGGAAGGGUCAACGGGAAGUGUACGCCGGGCUGCAGUCCAGGGGCUUCUGAAUUGCCCUGCAGAUGGCAGGUUGGACGAGAGCAGCUAAGGGGCCCCCAGCUUCUGUCCCGUGUGAUACAGAUUCCUUGCAGUCCAUGCUGGGCAGCUAUGCAUUCUGGGGACCAGCCCAGCAGCUACAAUGGGAGACGCUGACGCUCCUUGGACACCCUCCUUUCUGCCUUCGAUUUGACCCCAGGGAACAAACGCUGACUAAAGAAACAAGAAGAAAAGGUUUCCCCAUUAAAUAACUGUAGCUUUCGCCUCUUCGGGCUCCUCUUGGGACUGCUGGGCUCUCCUGAUCACCCUUUCCAAACUGCUGGGGAACCCUUUCACUCUUCAGUUUUAUUUAUUUCAGUCACAUGCUUUGAUUUUUCUCUCCAGCACCCUGCCC